AUGAGCAACCAAGAAGCACCCAUCACAGCCUACCCUGCGACCUCAAUAAAACCCCAAAAUCAAGAGGGCGGUCCUGGGCUAGACAAAAACACUGACCCAUAUGCCGACUGGUCGCGUCUUGAAUUCUGGGACGACAAUGGCAAGCCGUACUUGAAAGAGUAUGAGGGUCGCGGUCUUUUGGAGGGCAAGGCUGCACUGAUCACUGGCGGAGACUCAGGCAUUGGAAGAUCUGUUGCGAUAUUGUUUGCACGAGAGGGCGCCGAUGUCAGUAUCGUCUACCUACCAGAAGAGGAAGAGGACGCACAGUACGUGAAGAAGAAGAUCGAGGAGGCGGGUAGGAAGGCGAACCUGAUGCAGCUGAACCUGCGAGAAAGAGAAAACUGCGAGAAGGCAAUUGAAGGACACAUCAAGGCUUUCGGGAAGCUGAACGUCCUUGUCAACAAUGCUGCGAUGCAGGAGAUGUCGAAUGACCUUACCGACAUCGAUCUCGAUGUCACAGAGAAGACGUUCCAGACCAACAUCAUUUCUAUGUUCGCGAUGACCAAAUAUGCCCUGAAGCACAUGAAGCGUGGAGAUUGUAUCGUCAACAGCAGCUCCGUUGCCGCGUACAUGAGCAACCCUCAAUUACUCGAUUACGCAUCUACGAAGGGCGCGAUCGCAACGUUUACUCGCGGUCUUGCGCAGCAGCAAGCAAAGAAUGGCAUCCGUGUCAACGCUGUCGCUCCUGGUAUCAUCUGGACUCCUUUGCAACCCGCAACCAAAGGCAACCCCGACGAUGCCAUGGAGGCGCUUGGUGUAGGAGCGUGCCCGCUCAACCGACCAGGUAUGCCAAUUGAGAUGGCCACUUUAUAUGUCACUCUAGCUUCCCCACUUGGUUCAUACUGCACCGGUGAAGUCCUUCACGGGUCUGGCGGUAUUGAGAUGCAAGGUUAG